CGAAAGGAAACGACGGAAAGAUAUAAAAGUUGAGCCAUUAAUUUUGCCGAGAAGAGAUUCAAGAGAAUCCACCACCACCACCACCUCCCUCCUCCACUUCCUCCUCUCAUCAAUGGCUGACGAUAAGAAGUCCAAGUCCGCCGGCGUUUGGCCCACUGUCAAGCCCUUUGUUAAUGGCGGCGCCUCUGGAAUGCUCGCCACCUGCGUCAUCCAACCCAUUGAUAUGGUCAAGGUGAGGAUUCAACUUGGUCAAGGAUCAGCGGCUCACGUUACAAGAACUAUGCUCAAGGAGGAGGGGCUUGGUGCGUUUUACAAGGGGCUAUCUGCUGGACUGCUCAGACAAGCUACGUAUACUACAGCAAGGCUUGGAUCUUUUAAGAUAUUGACAAACAAAGCAAUUGAAGCCAAUGAAGGAAAGCCCCUUCCACUGUAUCAGAAGGCCUUAUGUGGGCUUACAGCCGGUGCUAUUGGAGCAUCUGUUGGUAGUCCAGCAGACUUGGCUCUUAUUCGCAUGCAAGCAGAUGCGACCUUACCAGCUGCCCAGCGUCGGAACUAUAAAAAUGCCUUUCAUGCACUAUAUCGCAUUCUUGCAGAUGAGGGGGUUUUGGCUCUUUGGAAAGGUGCAGGCCCCACUGUUGUAAGAGCAAUGGCAUUGAACAUGGGAAUGCUUGCCUCGUAUGAUCAAAGUGUGGAGUUCUUCAAGGAUAACCUUGGAUUUGGUGAAGCUUCUACGGUGUUGGCUGCCAGUAUGGUGUCGGGAUUCUUUGCUUCAGCGUGUAGUCUACCCUUUGAUUAUGUGAAGACUCAAAUUCAGAAAAUGCAACCUGAUGCUGAGGGAAAAUUUCCCUACUCUGGUUCUUUAGAUUGUUCCAUGAAAACUCUCAAGGCAGGAGGGCCGUUUAAAUUUUACACUGGAUUUCCAGUGUAUUGCGUCAGAAUUGCCCCCCAUGUCAUGAUGACUUGGAUUUUCCUAAACCAGAUUCAAAAGGUGGAAAAAUCCUAUGGGUUAUGAAGGACUGGCCGGUUGAUGGAGAUCCUUUCCAAGUUACUUAUUUUUCGUUCUUUGGUCGUGUUGUAAUCUAACUUUCUUUGAAUACAGAUUUCCAGACUCGAGUUUAAAAGCAAUAUAACCUUGUCUUUCUGUGCAAAUGUGGUUCAAAGGUCAAGCAUGAUUGCAAUAGGGGGAAGAUAUAGUAUUACUUCUGUAAUAUGAAUGUGCCAGAUUCUCACUGGCAAAAACCAUGGAAUUCAUAAUAACCCCUGUAAGAGUUCUUUAAA